UUGCGCAUCGUUACCCUGAUUCUAGCAGAAGAGUCUCGUCUUUUAAAUCGACUCCCCGCGCGAGUUUUCUUUGUCGUGUGCGCAGUACUCUGCGCAGUAAACAAGCUGCGCUAGUACGUAUAAGGUGUGUUAUCAUCGAUAUACACAUAUAAUCAAAUAACACAUUGGUUAAACGUUUUUCCUCGCGUCGUGAAUGUGAAAUAAUUUUACGCACAUAUGCGGCGCGUAUCGUUUGAUUGCAUAAGAAAUUUGCGAUUAAGGAACGUGCGAUGAAUUAGGUUAUGUAUCGUCUAGGAAAAAAACAGCAGUGGCGCUGCGGACAUAUCACGGCACGAGUAUAAUUAAAAUCAAUGUAACAGUGCAGUGUUUCGAGACGAACUUCUUUUAGGUGCAUUUAUCUGUUGGGCAAGAAAUGUCGAACGGAUUAACAGUGUUGAAAGAUGAAAAAGACAUCAAGGAAACAAACUGCAAUAUAUCCAUGGGUAGUGAUUUCAUUCCCCUAUCUCCCACAAAAGGAUCACAGGAAGGACACCUGACAGGGAUGGAGCAGCCAAACAUUUGCAAACAAAUUUUGAAGAGAUCUGCUGAAUCGGAAUUUGAAGGUGCAUCUAGUCCAAAGAAGCGUAACAAGAAUCCACAGCCCAAGAAUGCAGUAUGUGCUUUAAAUGAAUUAAAAAGUGGUGCAGUGUAUAAAGUUGUUGACCAAACUGGCCCCACGCAUGCUCCAAUAUUUACAAUAGCAGUACAAAUCGAUGGUCAAACUUAUGAAGGCAAAGGACGUACUAAGAAAAUGGCAAAACAUGCUGCUGCUGAACUUGCAUUAAGAAAUAUUGUUCAGUUUAGAAAUACGCCAGAAGUUCAUCAAGCUAUUAACACUUGUCAACCUUCUAUUCCCCUUGAACCAGAUUUUACGAGUGAUGUCACGGAACGCGAUAAUCAUCUAGUCAAUGCUUUUAAAACUUUAACUCAAGAACCAAAGAACACGAAUAAAUUUUUAGAAAAAGGUCCUGUAGCGCUUAUUAACGAAUUGUAUCCUGGUGUAGUAUAUAAAUGUGUUUCUGACAAUGGUGAAAGCUAUGCAAAAUUUACAAUAUCGGUGACAAUUGAUGGAGAAACAUUCGAGGGAACUGGACCAAGUAAAAAAUUAGCAAAAGCUGCGGCUAGUAAAGCAGCAUUAGCUAAAUUAAGGAACGUUCACAGUUCCUCGUUCUGUAUACCGCUUCCGGUUCGCGUUUUGCCAAACUUUCCCAGUAGUGGCCAUUGGCAAGAUCAAAUGUCUUUACCUCAAAUGUUAGCUGAUAAAAUUGGGAAAAUGGUGAAUCAAAAAUUUAGCGAAUUAAUUCAAUCAAAACCGCAACAUGCUCGUCGUAAAGUUUUAGCUGGCAUUGUUCAAACUAAAGGUUCAGAUGCGGAGUUAAUAUGUGUAACAACUGGUACAAAAUGUGUCUCGGGAGAACAUCUGAGUGUCAGCGGUGGUGCAUUGAAUGAUUGUCAUGCCGAAGUGGUAGCGAGAAGAUGUUUAUGCGAAUAUUUGUAUAAACAAUUGGAACUUCAUACGGAGGACCGGGCUGCGGAAUCUAUUUUAGAACCAGCAAAGAAGGGAUUUAAGCUAAAACAAGGCAUUCAGUUUCAUUUGUACAUAAAUACCGCACCAUGUGGUGAUGCAAGAAUAUUUUCACCACACGAAGAGAAUGAAUCCGUCGAUAAACAUCCGAAUCGAAGAGCAAGAGGUCAAUUGCGAACUAAAAUAGAAUCCGGAGAAGGUACCAUUCCCGUAAAAAGCAGCGAGGGUAUCCAAACAUGGGACGGUGUGCUUAUGGGCCAAAGACUGCUGACGAUGUCGUGUUCGGACAAAAUAGCUCGCUGGAACGUACUUGGCGUGCAAGGUGCACUCUUGAGCUACUUCAUCGAGCCAAUUUACUUCCACAGCAUCGUUCUUGGCAGUCUAUUGAACCCAAGCCAUAUGUAUAGGGCGGUCUGCGGACGUAUUGAAAAUACGAUCCAAGGAUUACCGCCCCCAUACAGACUCAAUAAACCACUUAUGAGUCUUAUUACUUCCUCAGAGGUGAGACAACCUGGAAAAGCACCUAAUUACAGCGUUAAUUGGACAAUCGGUCAACUAGAAGCUGAAGUAAUAAAUUGUACUACUGGAAAAGACGAAUUAGGAAAACCUUCUAGAAUAUCGAAACAAGGGCUGUUCAGAAGAUUUUACAACUUAUUAGGUAAACUUAGUACUAUUGAAGAUGCUGAUAAAAAUCAGUGUCGUCAUUAUUUAGAUGCAAAAUCUUCCGUACAGAAUUACUCGCUUGCCAAGCAUCAGUUGAAGGAAGCUUUCGUAAAGGCACAUCUAGGCAGUUGGGUUAAGAAACCAAUCGAACAAGAUAUGUUUGAAGUUGAUAUCUGACUAAAUCAGGGUAAUGAUAAGAUCUCAGCAGAUGAUACGGUUUUUCGGCUGUCAGACUACGUAGUUCCUACUGCAAACUAGACCACUCGUUCAGCGUGUUAUGAUAUGGCAGAAUGCGGCAUCAGUAAAGCAUAAAUCGUAGGUUCUCGUAUAUGUCUGGUGAUUUUGGUUAUACGAUUCUUGUCGUAUAUAACGUGUGUUCAGAGUGUAAAAAAAAAAAAAGAAAAAAAAAAACGCAAGCCCUUGUUGGUUACUGGUUAUCUUGUCUUCGAGCCGUCGAAGGUUUUACGAUUCGAUAGUUGCUCAGUUUAGAUAUAGGGUUAUCAUAACUUUCGAUACUUCGAAUUAUAAUCUUAAUCUUAAUUAAUUAGUGUGAUGUCAAUUUCGACAAAUUUUAUAGACUGGUAGAUGUAUAAAAAAAAAAAAAAAAAAAAAAUAAAUUUUAUUUCGCAACACGAAUCAGGCAAAGAAAGAUCACACGUUGUGAAUUUACUAUUUGCGUAUAUAUUGAAUUCGAUCAAUUUUAAUAUUUGACACAUAUCUGAAAAUCAGUUUUACGAUCGGAAAUUUUUAAAGCGGAUAUUUAAUAAUGGGGAAAAAAAAAAAAAAAGAAAAGAAAAGAAAAGAAAAGAAAAGAAAAGUAAAUACCUCUUGGUAAUUACUCUAAAUUACUCGUGAAUAGAGGGGAAAAAAAUUUAAAUUGACAAAACAUCUCGGGUUUUUAUUCGUGCCUGCAGUAUUUUCUAGGCUUUAGAAGUAACAGUGAUAUUAUAACGUGCAUCAAGUUACAUCCCUAAAGGCUGUGACCGAGUAUAGAAUUGUUAACGCAAAUUAAAUACUUUGUUGCGAAGUUUCAACGAAAUAAGACAGGAAUCGAUUCCUUGUCGGCGCAUUAAAUUUCUUUCGUGUCUAUUUUCGUUUAAAUCCUUCGUUUUUUUUCUUUCUUUUUUUUUUUUCUUUUUUUAAGCAUUUUGUAGCGUUGGAUUAUUUUUUAUAAUAAUAAUAAUAAUGAUGAUGAUGAUAAUAAUAAUAAUAAUAAUAAUCGUCGACAAAGAAUCGGCCCUCGACAGUUCGACGUUGUUAUUAUUGGUUUUUAUAGGGAACAAAUGACAGAGGAACUGUGUGAUUAAGAAAUUAGCGUGAAAGUAUGGAUGAAUUAUAUGGUGAGUGUAGAAAUAUAUUAUAUUAAUAAUAGUUUAGAGAAUCCUAAGAUCAUUGCCUCACUGUGCCAGUAUUAUACACUUAAUGCGAUUCUGCCGUAAUGACACACUGCCCGGUGUCGGUCCAGUUUUGCAUGAGAAACUCGACAAAUGUACAAAUUAAUUUCGUUGCAGUAUUUCCUACUAUAUAGUAUUAGAAGCAAUCAAUCUUCAAAAAAGAAAAAAAAAAAAAAA